AUGCCCGUGCGACAGAAAGAUGCUCAGCGAGCGCUGGAGCUGCUGCAGCAGUACCGGGUCAAACUAGGGCAGAGGCAGCAGGACCAGAAUCAGACCAAAGAGGCCCCCGGGGAGGAAGACCACCAGCUCCAGCAGUCUCUGGACAGAGUCAUCAGCGUCUUCCAAAGUCAGCUCUUCAGCGCUCUGCUCGAUAUCCAGGAGUACUAUGAGUUGACCAUCCUUGUAGACAGCCAGUGUUCUGUGGAUCAGACGGAUGGUCCAGGCCUCCCUGCCUCCUCUAACCUGACAGCACAACUCCCUGAUCAGCCACAGGCCUCUCCUGCUCCCCUUAGCCCCCCGGCUUCUAGUGGACCAACCAAGCCAUCACCCUUAACCCCCAAACCUAGGUCAAUCAAACAUCAACCUGCCCCUCCAGUACCUGGAACACCGGGACAUUCCCCAACAUCCUCGGGUACACCUCAGUCACAGCCAUCCAAAACCAAAUACCGUGCUCCUCUUCCUCCUGUCCAGUCUGGAUCGUCUGUAUCCUCAGCAGCAGAGACUUCUCAACCCUCUUCUCCCUCUGCUACUGGAGUGAACGGAGCAGAAACCCCCACUGGCUCCAUAAAAACACCUCCUGCAGUAUCACUGAAUGGAACAAAGCGACUUCUCACUCCCACCAACUCUGGCGCCUCUUCAGAAACCUCCACCAUCUCUGCGAAUCCGCAAAACCUUCCUGCCUCUCCUGACCUCAAGCUGGUGACGGUCUCAGCCCUCAUCUCCAGCACCAUCCAGGGCCUUGUGUCUCCAACCACUCCGGACAAACUCACCCCCACUGGCACCACUCCCAGCACCAGCCCAGGUCACAACAGAGUCGCUGUCAUCUCUGCAGCUCUCACGACCAGCAAGGACCCGGGAUUCGGCAAAGUCACUCCCACCACGAGUCCAACCAGCCCCAACCUGGGGAAAUUUGCCUUCAGCUACCUCAGCCCCACAGCUCCUCCUGGGCCUUUGACUAAAGGACCUCAUCUGAGCCCCACCAGCCCAGGGUCGGUACAAAUCAACUCCCCAAGCCCGAGUCAUGGUCCAGCCGGCCCCAGGCCAAGCCCACUGACAAGCCCUCUGACCCCCGUCAAGAAGUAUCGGUAUCAAGAAGAAGACGGGGCGUCACCGGGAGCCCCGAGACUCCACCACCACCCCUGCCAUCAUCACCCAAUGGGAGUAGACAGAGAACUGAGGGAUGGAGGGACCCUGGAGAGGGAGGGGAGGGAUGGAGGCACCCUGGAGAGGGAAGGGAGGGAUGGAGGCACCCUGGGGAGAGAAGGGAGGGAUGGAGGAACCCUGGGGAGGGAAGGGAGGGAUGGAGGAACCCUGGGGAGAGAAGGGAGGGAUGGAGGCACCCUGGGGAGGGAUGGAGGCACCCUUGGGAGGGAGGGGAGGGAAGGGAGGGAUGGAGGCACCCUGGGGAGGGGCGGGAGGGAUGGAGGGAGCCUGGGCAGGGGCGGGAGGGAUGGAGAGACCCUGGGCAGGGGCGGGAGGGAUGGAGGAACCCUGGGGAGGGAGGGGAGGCACGCUGGGACCUGGCGGAGAGAAGGAGGGGGCCCCGGGACCACGGAGAGAGAGAGAGAGCGAUCGCUGGGGAGGGACGGAUCUCAAAGACGCCACGCUGACCUGCGGGGGGCGGAGCUUGUGCAGGUGGCGGAGCGGCAUCUGUCUCAGAUUCAACACGUCCACGGAUACGUGACUCACACACACAUCACACCUGCUCAGGUAGAAUCUCCUGACUCUCCAUAUGAUGAAGAGGCGUGGCCUCACCCAGAGGGAGAGAGGCUGACCGACCAUGGCGCCCCGCCUUUCUCCUCCCUCUAUUCACAAAGCCACCCCCACUACCACCAGGCCAACCCCCCUCCGGUGGUGGUCAACGCAGACAGCGUGGACACGCCCCCAUACGUCAAUGGAACCGAAGCAGACUAUGAGUACGAGGAAAUCACGCUGGAGCGGGGUAACUCAGGCCUCGGGUUCAGUAUCGCAGGAGGGACCGAUAACCCCCACAUCGGAGAAGACCCCUCCAUCUUCAUCACCAAGAUCAUACCUGGAGGGGCCGCGGCUCAGAAUGGACGACUCAGGGUGAACGACUGCAUCGUGCGAGUGAACGAGUGCGACGUGAGGGAGGUGACGCACAGCGGAGCAGUGGAGGCGCUGAAGGAUGCAGGAGGUCUCGUCCGACUGUGCAUCCGGCGCAGGAGGAGCCUCACUGAGAGGAUCCUGGAUAUCAAGCUGGUCAAAGGGCCAAAAGGUUUAGGAUUCAGCAUAGCAGGUGGAGUUGGAAACCAACACGUGCCGGGCGACAACAGCAUCUACGUGACGAAGGUCAUCGAGGGAGGAGCUGCACACAAAGACGGACGGCUGCAGAUCGGGGACAAACUCGUAGCUGUGAACAGCGCCUGUUUGGAGGAGGUGUCUCACGAGGAGGCGGUGGCUGCCCUCAAGUCGACUCCUGACGUCGUGUACCUCCGUGUGGCCAAACACACCUCGCUUUUUAUCAACGACAACUUCCCUCCGCCUGACGUCACCAACUCGUACUCCCCACAUCAAGACAACCAUAUAAGCCCUUACAUGAGCGGCAGCCAGUCGGUGAGCCCGGCUCCGUUAACCACUCCCAGAUACUCGCCGCUGCCCAGAGCCAUGACCGGAGAGGACGAGAUCCCCAGAGACCCCCGGCGGGUGGUGCUGCAGCGGGGGUCCACGGGUCUCGGCUUCAACAUCGUGGGCGGAGAGGACGGCGAGGGAAUCUUCAUCUCCUUCAUUCUGGCCGGAGGUCCGGCCGAUCUGUGUGGGGAGCUGCGGAAGGGAGACCGCAUCCUGUCGGUGAACGGCGUGGACUUGUCCAGUGCGACACACGAGCAGGCGGCCGCGGCGCUGAAGAACGCAGGACAGACCGUUACCAUAGUAGCGCAGUACAGACCAGAGGAGUACAGUCGUUUCGAGGCGAAGAUCCAUGACCUGAGGGAACAGAUGAUGACCAGCAGCGUCAGCUCCAGCUCCACGUCGCUCCGCUCCACACAGAAACGCACACUUUACGUCAGAGCGUUGUUCGACUACGACGGGAGUGCGUGCGAUCUGAGCGCGCCCAAUCAGGCACUGCCGUUUCAUUUCGGGGACAUCCUCCAUGUGAGCGGCGCCGGCGAGGAGGAGUGGUGGCCCGCCCGUCACCUCAGCCCCCCGCCCCCCAACUGCCCCGAGGUCGGGGUCAUCCCCAGCCGCAGGAGGGCAGAGAAGAAGGAGCGGUCGAGGUUAAAGACGGUCAGAGUGUCCAGGUCUCAGGACAGAUCGGAUCAGGAUGAUAAAGAGCUGGUAACCUCUGGCACCAGCGAUAGUGAGAGUAGUUCCUCCAAUCAGGAGGAGGUUUUACUCACCUACCAGCCUGUCAUGCAGCAGGAAGUUAAUUACACGCGGCCGGUCAUCGUGCUCGGACCAAUGAAAGAUCGGGUCAACGAUGACCUCAUCUCGGAGUUCCCUGACAAGUUUGGCUCGUGUGUCCCACACACGACGCGGCCGCGGCGAGACUACGAGGUGGACGGCAGGGAUUACCACUUCAUGUCCUCCAGAGAGCUCAUGGAGCAGGAGAUCCAGGAGCAUAAAUUCAUCGAGGCCGGACAGUACAACAACCAUCUGUAUGGAACCAGCAUACAGUCUGUCCGAGAGGUCGCCGACAAGGGUAAACAUUGUAUACUGGACGUAUCAGGGAAUGCAAUAAAGCGUCUCCAGAUGGCAGGCCUCCAUCCCGUCGCUAUUUUCAUUAGCCCACGCAACGUCGACAACAUCCUAGAGAUGAACAAGCGCUUCACGGAAGAGCAGGCGAGGAAGACGUUCGACCGAGCGGUCAAACUGGAGCAGGAGUUCACAGAGUACUUCUCUGGAAUCGUCCAGGGCUCGUCUCUAGAGGAAGUUUACUCGCAGGUGAAGCAGAUCGUGGAGGAGCAGUCCGGUCCAUACAUCUGGAUUCCAACCAAGGAGCGACUUUGAAUAAACACAUCUCACACACAUCACUCUUUCAAUACUUCCUACUUCUCUAAUUUUCUAUUAUCAGCCUGCU